AUGGACCUCCUCGACGCGAGGCACCGCCACACGCCGGAUUCUAGCUCCUCCCCGGACGCCGCCGCCGACAUGGGGCUCCCCCUCGCCGGCGCCGCCUACCAGCCCUAUGUCUCCGAGCUCCUCUCCUUCUCCAUCGAGCGCCUCCACAAGGAGCCGGAGCUUCUGAGGGUCGACGCGGAACGGGUGCGGCGGCAGAUGCAGGAGGUGGCGGUGGAGAACUACGGCGCCUUCAUCGCCGCCUCCGAGGCGCUCUCCUUCGUCCGCGAGCAGCUCGAGAGCUUUGACGGCCACCUCGAGGCCAUGAUAGAGGAGAUACCAAACUUAACAUCUGGCUGCACUGAGUUUGUUGAGUCCGCACAGCAAAUUUUGGAGGAGAGGAAGCUUAAUCAAACAUUACUAGCCAACCACGCUACAUUGCUUGACUUGCUUGAAAUCCCACAAUUAAUGGACACGUAUGUGUAUCGGAAUGGGAACUAUGAUGAAGCACUUGAUCUAGAAGCUUUUGUGAGCAAAAUCUCGAAUUUACCUGUUGUCCAAGGAUUAGCUGCUGAAGUCAAGAAGACAGUACAAUCAUUAAUUUCACAGCUUCUCCAGAAACUUCGAUCAAAUAUUCAGUUACCUGAAUGCCUCCGUAUUGUAGCACAUCUGCGUCGAAUUGGAGUUUUCAGUGAGUCAGAAUUGCGCUUACAGUUCCUGAGGUGCAGGGAAGCUUGGCUUUCUGGAAUUCUUGAAGAUCUGGACCAAAGGAAUGUUUAUGAUUACCUGAAAGGCAUGGUGACUUGCCACAGGGUACAUCUAUUUGAUGUUGUUAAUCAAUAUCGAGCAAUAUUCAACAAUGAUAAAUCUGGAAAUGAUGAGAACUAUGAUGGCGGGCUGCUUUUCAGCUGGGCAAUGCAACAAGUUAGUAAUCACCUCACUACUCUUCAAGUUAUGUUACCAAACAUAACAGAAGGUGGGUCUCUGUCCAACAUUCUUGAACAAUGCAUGUAUUGUGCAAUGGGUCUUGCCUUAGUUGGAUUGGAUUUCCGUGGCCUCCUUCCACCAAUCUUUGAGAAUGCGGUUCUAAAUUUAUUCUCAAAGAAUAUGAGUAUGGCAGUUGAAAAUUUCCAGGUCGUUUUGGAUUCACACCGUUGGGUUCCGAUGCCAUCUGUUGGCUUUGUAGCAAAUGGUGUUGUCGAUGAGACUUCUGAUGAUGUGACUCCACCUUCUGUUUUAAUGGAACAUCCACCUCUUGCAGUGUUUGUUAACGGUGUUUCAGCAGCAAUGAAUGAGCUAAGACCGUGCGCACCAUUGAGCUUGAAAGUCGUCCUUGCUCAGGAGGUGGUCAAGGGACUACAUGCAGUCUCUGACUCCCUAGUAAGAUACAAAGCCAUGCGGAUGCUCCGUGGAAAUGAGUCCGCUCUUUUCCUUUCACUAUGCCAGGCAUUUAUCGAGGUUGCAUAUCCUUAUUGUGCCGCAUGCUUUGGCCGAUGCUAUCCGAAUGGGGCAACAUUGAUCUCAGAGUGUCAGGGCACAUUUGGCGCUGUCCGUCAGCUACUGACUGUGCCUGCAAGAUCUAACAGUUCCAGCAUCGAAAGAAGGCAGUCAGGAGGCAUCGAACGUAGGCAGUCAGGAGGCAUCGAACGAAGGCAGUCAGGAGCCAUUGAAAGAAAGCAGUCUGUUGAGAGCACUGGGACAGCGGUCACUGAUAAUGGGCUCUCAGCCGAUGGACCUGGGCUAGAGACCAAUGCUGCUGCUGCAACCACCACCCCACCGAUUGAGGACAAUGUGAGUACCCAUCCACCGGCAAGUAAGUAG